ACCCCGCAACCUUCUGCGAAAAUUUACAACACAACCCGACUCAGAACCACCGGAGCUGUUACUCGGCGACAUCAAAGGUGGUUUUCAGGCGCCAUGGAGUCGCAUGUAGCAGCCCAUCAAACAGGGUCAUGGACCAACGAGAAGCACUUGCACUUCUUGAACACCAUGGAGGCCUCGUUUGUGCGUGCAAUGUUUGAAAACAACAGCGGGAUUCUCCGGCUGGACCGGUACUUGCCGGACAGCUCGGAGUCAACCCUAGACUUGAAGGCGCAAAGAAAAGUAAAGCAUGCCACCGCCGCUGGAAGCGGUAGAGGCAGAAUGGACGGUCGAGCUGACAAGAGAGCAAGGAGAGGAUCAUCUCACCCGUGCAAUCCUCCAAUAUCUCAAGAUCAGGUGGUCCCACAGCUUGAAGGUAAAGCAGGCGGUGAUAAAGAUUAGAGUCGACAGAGAGAGAGAGAGAGACUCCUCCUAACGUACACCAUGGCACCUGUCAGCUGAGAAAGAUUCUUUCAAUAUCGAUUUUUCUUUGCUUUUUUUUUUUCUUUUUUUUUUUUUUGUGGGGGUGAUGGGCCAGAUGGCCGUGUUAAUUAGUGUAGUUUAGAAAAGAUUGCUGUUGCUCGGGUGGAUGACCAAAUUGGCCUUGUAUUUUUAUCAGUAUGUAGUAGGUUUGAUAGGUGCAUGUCAUACAAAAAUAAUGUGAAAAAAAAAAAAAAAAAAAAUUCUACUCAUUUGUUAUUCCUAAUUAAUUAAUUUGUUCUUAAGCUUGGUUUACACUUUACAGAUAAUUUAGUAAGGAAGAUAUUUUGUUUAGGAGAGUUUGAAACGUGAGAUAUUUGUAGCGACAGAUGAUGAGUCGUUCCAUUAUUGUAUGGUGUAAUGGGCGAGGAUUUGGACUGGUGCAAAGGGAUAGAAAGGAGAGAGAUGUAGACAAGGACAGGCAGAAAUAUAGUCUCCGGUCUUAGUCUGUUGGCCAAAUCAAAUCUUUAUAAUAAAGCUGGUUACUUAAUCAUUUCAUAUA